AUGGGAGAGCCAGAGUCGCUCCGGGUGCUGCUGCUGGGGAAGCAGGGCUGUGGGAAGAGCAGUCUGGCCAACCUCCUCCUGGGGGAGUCUGUGUUCAGUGGGGCCUCGGGUCGGGCUCAGAGGUGUGAGUGGCUCAGUGCUCUGCUGCAGUGUGCUCCAGGACCUCAUGCUGUUCUGCUGGUGAUGUCGGUGCAGAGAUACACCUGCCAAGAGGAGGCCGUGGUGCGGCGAUUCACUCUCUCACUGGUUCUCCUGGUCCUGGUGCAGGUGUUUGGCUUCCUCACGGUGGUCUUCACUCACGGGGACCAGCUUCCAGAGGACAUGCACAUGGUUCAGUUUGUGGAGCAGAGUGCAGGGCUGACAGAGCUGGUCCAGGCCUGCGGGGGGCGCUGUCACGUGGUCGACAACAAGUACUGGAACCGAGAGCCUCCGGAAGAUUCUUAUCGCAGCAACGCCUUCCAGGUGCAAGAGAUCCUGGCGACGGUGGAGAAAACAGCUCGACAAAACCAAACGUUUUUCAGCAAUGAUACAUUACUGCAAGUGGAGCGUGAGAUUCAGGCCGAGACCAUGCGCAUUCAAAGCAGCUCAGGUCUGAGUCCGGGUCCGGGUCUAGGUCCAGGUCAGGAUACGGGUCCGGGUCAGGAAGAGAGCCGGGAGCAGGCCAAGACCUUGCUGCUCGGCAAGUACAUGAAGGAAGCCACAGCGCGGCCGCCGUAUCUGAAGUACACAGUGAUGGCUGCGGCCGGAGUCCUGGGAGUCGCUAUACGGCGGCCGCGCUGUGGCUUCCUUCAUGUACUUGCCGAGCAGCAAGGUCUUGGCCUGCUCCCGGCUCUCUUCCUGACCCGGACCCGUAUCGCCUCCUUCUGA